ACUACAAAAAAGAAGUACAACGAAGAAGUACGACGAAGAAGAUUACACGCCAAUGCAAAGAAGAAAACUACGAAGAAAACGACGACUACGGAAAGGAAGAUUACGAAGAAGAAAAAGAUGAAGAACACCACCACCACCACCACUAAGAAGAAGAAGAAGAAGAAGGUCAUGAUGAAAAUGGAGACUAUGAAGAAGAAGACGAUGAAGAGGCUAUGA